AUCACUCACUGGUCACUCGUCAUGUAAUGCCUGAUUAUUUUCAAAAUGGAAGCGCAGAAGACUGCACGUGAACUUUUCACUGAAGCAGUGAGAGCAGUCCUAGAAACGUGGCCUGUUUUACAGAUCGCAGUUGAUAAUGGCUUUGGAGGCGUGUACGGCCAACAGAAGGCAGAUUGGAUGGUGGAUGUGGUCCAACAAUAUUUUCAUGACAACGCAAACCUGCAGCCAGAUGAAGUGGAGGACUACAUAGCAGACCUUAUGAACAAUGAGUUUGAUACAGUGGUGGAUGAUGGCAGUUUACCUCAGGUGGCACAGAAGGUUAGCCAGAUCUUUACACAGUGUCAACAAGGAAAGCUUGCAGAGGUCAAAGAUCAGAUAGUCAAACUUAACAAGAGUGCAGAACGAGCCAAGGUCACACACCAACCAAACGCUGAAGAGUGUAAUGGCGAUGAAACAGAGUUCAUGGAGUGUGAAGCAGCAACGUCAACAACCCCCCCGCGUAGAUCGGCACCCAAACAGACAGAUCAACCCCCGUCUCAAGAGGAAAAUGAUGGUUGGACGACAGUGGUGCGCAGGAAGUGACAUUACUGUGGAAGUGCUGAGUGAAUUGGGAUUUUACUGCCUCCUAACACUGUCGCCGUUUUGUUUUAUACGUGUCUCUGAUGGUUCUGUCAUAUUGGGAGGACGGACAUAUGUUCUGAUAACCUGGACACGUAACCUAUACCUCGAGUUCACAUUCAUGCAGGUGUCAGGUCACUCUUAUCAGGGCAUCUUCUGAGGAACUGUCACUGUUUACAGGAAUUUCAGUAGUGAUUAAAUAACCAUCUAUAGUGUGUAUAUAUAUACACACAUCACUCACCUACAAUGCCGAGGCAGGCCCCCACCCCUCUGAGGGGUUGGGUUAAAUGCGGAAGAUAUCAGUUGAACAACUGACUAGGUAUCUACUUUCCAAUAGUAUGUAUUACUGAGUAAGGGAUAAAGUGUUCCUUUGCACUGAUCCAUGUUCUGAUCCAUGUUCUAUUUUCAUAUCAAAUUGAUAGAGGUCUACCUGCUAAAUAAAUUUAGAACAGCCAACUUAAGAAUGGUGAAUUUAUUUAAUGUACUUAAUUCACCAUCUCUUGGCCGCGUGACAGUGGCAUACAGUACUCUGAAUCUGGUUUAAAGAUUUAUUCUGAAGAAUACAGGUUGUAAGAUAUCUGGUCUUUCUUUCAGUCAUGUUUAAACACAUUUUAUGUUCACAAAAUAAGCAUUCCACAUACAGUUUGGCGACAUGUAUAAAACAAAGUGAAGGAUUUUUUUUUGUAGACUUUUUUUGUACACCUGGCAUAUCAAGGCACUAUUUUAAAUGUGACUCAGCACAAUGAGAAGUAGAUCAUCCAUUUUAAAACAAACUACAGAUAUCAUAUUCAUCCCAACCAUUUAUAGAACCUGUAAUGCUGCUUUAAUAAAUACAAAGAAUCUGUAGAUUUAGGUUACUGCUACUUAUGUGCUCAGAGUAAUGGUAACAUCAGUUUAUAUUAACUUUAGAUAAAUACUCAACGUUUCAUUUAGAAAAGAUCUCCAUCUAGGCUGAGAAUAACCACACUGACUUAGUGUUACAGUAUGGACUCAGUGGUAUACAGUAAAGGUUAGACGCAUGGUAGUUGUGUUGUGGUGGUGGACAGUAGUCUACAAGUUGAGCCAGGGGUGCUGCAAACACUGAGCGGCAGUGGCUCUCUUCUCUGGUGUGACGUCCAGCAUGGUGAGGAGGAAGUCACUGAACUGGGCCGCCUGCUCCAGUGGCCACUCAUACUUCUCCAAUAGCACCUCAAACAGACCCCAUGGCUUCAGGUUGGCUAUGUGCCUCAGCUCACCUUCAGGAGGGAAAACAAAACAUUAAACCACAAAAAUAGGGACAUAGUCUCUCAGAUCAUCAUUUUGGGGGCUGCCGAGUGGCGUAGCACUUUAAGGUACUGCAUCUCAGUGCUAGAGGCGUCAAUACAGACCAGGCUGUAUCACAACCGGAUGUGAUUGGGAGUCCCAUAGGGUGGCGCACAAUUGGGUUAGGGUUUAACUUCAUUGUAAAUAAGAUGUUUUUCUUUAGCUGCCUUUAACUUGCCGAGUUAAAUAAUAACUCCUAUUAGGCACCAUACAGAUAUGUCAGCUUGUGCUAGUCAUUUUGAGGAUAUUUCUGUCGACAUCUGUUCUAGGAACACUGAAGGAAAAUAUAUUGUGGUACAUUCUAAGCAGAUGAGUAAUACGAGACAGGACAUGUUGCAGUACUACAAUUCACAUCUAAAUCAGUCUGAUAUUUCUUGUUGACGCAUUGCUCAACGAGGCAUUUUUCUCUUGAACCACAGACUAUUCUGUGACAUAGCUUUUACAUACAGUACAAAACCAUUACGGAUACAUUUGACUGUUUUUUGCACUUAUUUUACUGUCAGACUUACCUCGCCUGUCAAAGUAUUCUCGUGAAUAUCUCCCAGACAGAGCAAAAGGGGGCGGAAUGGCUCCCAUUAACUCAAUGAUGUGUGCAAUGUGAUCUGAGAGAACAAAAGAAAGCAUUACGUCCCUGUUAAAUUCUCAUUAAAAUAACUCACUAUGUAACAAUUAA